UGACUCCUCCCGGUCCAAGUCCGGGUCUGGAUGCUGAGCAGGCGGGCGGGGCCGCUCUUCCUCACCGACUGGAGGAGUGAUGAGGCAGGACGCACGGGUCGGAGCGGACACACAGGGAGGACGAUCCGCCGCCAGCCCCGGGUUCUGGAACGGACUGGCUCUCGUGCGUUCCGGUCUGCUUUAGAGGGACCAUGGACCUGUAACCGAGCCGGACCUCCGCGCGCAGCCUCACACACACGGACGUCUCGUUUGUCUGUCGUCGGGAUACGGAUCAGCGGGAGGGGGUCGGUAGUGCUCCGUAGCGGACCCGGUGCCGGUCGUGUCGUCGCGGACCCUCAGAGCCACCAUGGCCUGGCCCUGCAUCAGCCGCGCGUGCUGCAUGGCCCGCUUCUGGAACCAGCUGGACAAGGCGGACAUCGCGGUUCCGCUGGUGUUCACCAAGUACACGGACGUGUCUGAGAUGCAGCACAUCCAGCUGCAGCCUCCCCAGGCCCGAGUCGCCAUAGAAACGCAGCCGUCGCGCACAGAGCCUCGCGCCGCGAAGGCUGCACGCGCGCCCCGGAGGAGCGCAUCCGAGGACCGCGUGUGCAGCUCGGUGAUGCGCGAGGACUUUAAGCAUUGGAGAGUGCGACCGGAACCGAGCUGUAAACCCAAGAACGAGUACCACGGACCGGAAACGCCGUUCAACAGCGAGACCCAGUACCAGAAGGACUUCAAGCCGUGGCCCAUCCCCAAACGGUACGACCACCCCUGGAUCCCCAAACCCACCGCCUCCGUGUCCGUGGGCGACGUCCGCGUGCCGGAGCGGGCCCGGUCCAAACACAAGGCCGCCCUGGACGCGGACAGCGGCGUGGAGAAGAGCGCCAUAGCCGACAAGGUCCAGGAGAAAGACCUGCUCCAGGGCCAGGACCGGAAGAAGAGGAGCACCAAGCAGGAGGGUCCGAAGAAGGUGGUCCUGAAGGCGGACGGGGAGGGCCGGGGCAGGCCGGCGGACGCGGUCAACCGGCAGAUCAAGCAGGAGAUCACCGGUGGAAGCUCGUACAGAACUGAAUUCAGGGCUUAUCGAGAUGUGAAACCGGCUAAAAUGAUCCGGGCUAAGUCCCAGUACCUGCCGCCGGACGAGAAGACCAGCCUAGAGACGAGUUAUAGCGCAACGUUCAAGGGGACGCAAGCCCCUCUGCAGCCCGCUGACAACAAGGCCCAGGAGAGGAGGAGGAUACGCAGCCUGUACAGCGAACCGUACAUGGACGCCAGCAAACAGGUUGACAGGUAUAGCGUCCCGCGCUCUAAACCCAAAAAGUCCGGAGCCGCCGCCACAGGCCAGGGCAAAGCGUCGAAGAAAGCCAAAGAUAAGCAGAGCGCGGCGCUGAGGGGCUCCAAGAAGAACACCUCGGAGAACCAGCCCGAGAACCGGCCGGCGGUGGGGGACAAGGAGAAAAGUAAAGAGAUGAACAACAAACUGGCUGAGGCGAAAGAGGUUGUGCUAAAACAGUACCACUACAUACAACUCUGCCAGCCAAUCCGAGAUAUUGGCUGGGUGCAGACUCUAAAGCAACACCUGUGGGGCUGUGCUCUUCCCAAUCCCAGUGGCACAGUUUAUGUUUUUUCUAGUGAACCACCACAUUCUCUGGUCUACUCCUCAGGUCAUAGCCCCUCUAUUUCUCUUCCAUAUGGACACUAGAGUGCAGUAGGUGGGGGUGAAUGGGGCCUGAAUGCCUGCUGUCACAUCCCUACAUGUAAGGUUCCUUAAGGCACCUUUUCUUAAGGAGGCCUCAGGUUUAGUCCAGUUCAUCAUCCCGCAGCUGUAAUGCUUCCACUCCUCAUAUUACAGUGGUUUGACCCAAAUGCAUGAGCGCAUACAUACACAUACGCCUGCUGAAUUAUCCACCCGGUGACCAGAGCGUAUGAGGCAGGUUUCACAUCCCAUGGAAUCACAUUUACAGCCUUAUAAGUGGAUGCAAAACAGAGUUCAAUGUCCAUAAUACAGUAUGUGUCACUCAUUCUGGAUCACUCUAAAGCAUGCAACACUGUUUUCUGUUUGACCUGCAAUCUAACUUCACAUUUAAUACUUUAGUCUACACAAUAUUUACCAUAUCUUAGCUUAUAGUAAAGGUAAGUGUAAGAGGAAUUAAGGAAGUGCAUGUUAGUUUCCAUUUGAGUUAAUUUAACUGGAAUUUAUUGAUUUUCAGUGUCUUUUUCUGCCUCAGAACACCCCGAGACCCUCAUUGCAUCGGCCUUCUGUUUGCAAUAAUAUCCCAGUGAGUCACUGAAGGUGAAUGGAAACAAUCCAAAUCAAUGACCUGUACAGAUCUGAGUGAAAACCUGUCCAAUACGCCCUGAUGAACAGUUUUACUUCACUGUACUUACAACCCAGUGGAUGCAGUUGCACUACAGCAGGAGUGUCAAACUCAUUUUAGUUAAUGGGCCACAUUCACAUUCAAGUGGGUCAGACCAGUAAAAUGA